AAAGUUCAUUCGCAAUUUUGUUUAGUCCUUCAUGUUUUGCCACAAUGAAAGAUCGAAUGAAAAGAUCAAAUGAAAUUGAAGAAAAAGUAGAAACAAAUAAUGAGAAAAAAAGUAAAGUUCGAAAAAUAUCGACAGCUGUAGAUUUUAUUGCUUCUACGCGAGCGCGUCUCUCGGAAGUUAGCUCAGAAGUUAAAUCAAAACCGAUUGGUCCUUAUCAUCGAAAAAAAACUAAAAGUAAAAAAGAAGCGAAAAGAAGAAGGAAGAAAGAAAAACCUAUUGUUAGAUCUCACGGUCCUGAAUUUUACUUUGAUCUAAACCGGUGGAAAAUAAUAGACAUCAAGGAGCUGCAAAAUCUUAUCUUACAUUUGCUCACCGAUGAAGGUAGACGUCCAGAAUGGCUUUAUAUCGAGAAAGAAGAAGAAAUUAAAAAAGUCGUUUUUCUUAUGAUACCUGGUCUUGAUCCAAGUUUAUUUGGAUUGACGGCUGAAACUGUUGUCAAAGCAAAAGGACCGCUGAAUUGGGAAAAACUUCAAGAAAAAGGUCUUUUUGGCAAUUCUGAUUUGAAACUAAGUGAAAAUUUGCCAAUACUUCCGAAAAUAUUUUCACACGGUUGUGUUACCCGUGCUUCUGGAGACACAAAAAGGAUGUUUAACCCAACGGGGAAUCUUUUUAAUUGCUUUUUAUCUGAAGCUCAAAAAGGAUCAGUAAAGCAUAAAGAAAUUCCUGAGAAUAUUUAUGAACGAAUUUACUCAUGCUUAUUAACCCCCGAGGAGAUGGCUCAAAAUGAUUAUCCCUUACCGACUUGCAUGGCAAAAGAAGGCCAGGUUUUACCUGAUGAUUGGGUUGAAGUACCCAUGAAAGCAUCUGAUAUUUUUAUAAAAGAGGAAUUUACUAGAAAGAAUUUCAAAAUUCUUUCUAUUGAUUGUGAAAUGUGUAAAUCGAAUGAUCUAUCUGUCUUAACGCGUGUUUCUAUAGUCGACAUUGAUUGUAAUGUUGUUUAUGAUGAAUUAGUCAUGCCAGAAGAACCGAUUACCGAUUACUUGACCCCUUUUAGCGGAAUAACUGAAGAAAGAUUGAAGGGUGUGACAACGAAUAUAAAAGAUGUUCAAAAUCGGCUAUUAGAAUUAGUGGAUAGUGACACUGUUUUAAUUGGUCAUUCAUUAGAAUGUGAUUUGAAAGCCUUAAAGUUUACGCAUCCAUACGUAAUCGAUACAUCAAUUCUCUAUACGAAUUCUGGAGGCAUAUUUAGUAAAUCAAGUUUAAAAAUGUUGUCACAUCAGUGGCUUAAACGUUCAAUUCAAGUUGAUGAUGGAAAGAUUGUCGGUCAUGAUUCUAUUGAGGAUGCCAAGGCAGCAAUGGAUCUUGUAAAAUUAAAACUGAACAAUGGGCUAGAUUUUGAUAAAUCUUAUGAAAAUUUAAUUCAACGUCUUGAAAGAUAUAACAAGACUUCAGCGUUCAUAGAUUAUGUUGGAAAAGUUCAAUUACUAGGUGUUGAUGCAAAGCACUCAAUAAAAUGUACAAAUGAUGAUGAGGUUUUUGCAGGUGUUUUAAAUGCGAUAAGCAAUAAUAGAAAUCAUAUAUAUCAUAAUUUUAUUUGGGGAAAAUUUAAAGAUCUAGAAAAUCUGCCAGAGCAUGAAAACGACAAACUAACAACACUGAAGCAAUUAAAUGAUAGAAUUGAAAAGAUUUAUUCUUGUUUACCAGCGUACACAGCGUUUAUAGUAUCAAGUGGUUCGGGUAAUGCACGCGAAUGGGAAAACUUAUAUAGGAAAAAGAUGAACAGUGGUGUUAAUUGGACUGCGCAAGAUCAGGAAAUUUAUGAGAAAGAACUUCUAAAGGGCAAAAUAGGAUUGACUUUUUUUAGAGUCAAAUCUGAUUGUGAAAACUUAGAUGAAAGCGAAGACAAGUAAUAAAAACUUAAUUUAUUAAUUUAUUAGAUGAAAGCGAAAACAAGUAAUAAAAGCUUAAUUUAUAAAUUUACUAGAUGAAGCGAAGAUAAGUAAUAAAAAAUUAAUUUAUAAAUUUAUUAGAUGAAAGCAAAGACAAGUAAUAAAAAAUUUUAUAAAUUUAAUAAAAUUUGCAACGGAUAGCAAAAAUAUUAUUAAAAAUACAUUGUUUAAAAAAGAAAAAAGAAAAAGAAAGAUUGCCAAUCUGUAGAUUUUAAAAUAGUGUAUUCUUUUUUUCUUAUACAACAUAAUUAUA